GCAUCAGAAAAAAAGUUUGUCAUGCAGAACUUAGCCACUCAAUGUUAUGUUCUCUUUGCCUGGCUUGUCGUAUUUAGCUCCAGUCUACUAGUCUCCAGAACUGUUCAGGAUUACACAGGAACAAAUCAAACUCUACAGCUUGAGGCUAUUAAAACUAGUAUGCUGGAGUACUUGGGGAUGGACAGACCACCGCCGCCGCCGUCCAGAGGAAAGUCGUCUUUUCAGGAACUAAUCAGAAUAUACCGUCAAUAUCAGAGCUUGAGGAGGAACAUGCAGUCUUUUCAGAGUGGCUCCAGUUUCUUCCUUCACACCACAGUUCAGCCAUUGAAUUCUCAGCAGAAUAGUCCUGAAUCAGUGACUCAAUGGUUCAGGGCUGUUUUUCACAGGGAGUCUCAUAUAACAGACGAGUUUCUCUUGGCACAAGCACAGCUGCAACUUCAAAGACCUCUGGAUAACAAUUUUGACCAACCACUACGCAGUCAGAAAACUCUGGUUAGAAUACAUAUCACCACCCAUUCUUAUAUGGAGAAGGUAUUUAGUUCCAAGAAAUUGCAAUCACGAGUUCACAAUGUUACAAUGGAUGUGACUUUUGCAGUUAACAGAUGGCUCGGGAAGACUAGCAAUGCUUUACUAUUUGUGGACAUUGGCUUUGUUAGAAAAAAAGAAGGUGAAACUGAAUCCACUCCACAGAUCUGUUUGGAACUUAAGUUAAUGGAUGGUAAAUUGAGAAAAGCUCGUUCCACGUAUGGAGAAAACUUUGAGGAGGACAGCUACUGUAGUCGGAAGUCACUGAGUGUUUCCUUUGAGGAGAUUGGCUGGUCAGACUGGAUUGUGGCUCCAGCUGGCUACACAAUGUAUUUCUGUGAUGGUUCUUGCCCACACAAUUACAAACCAGCCAGUAUGCACACUCAGAUAAAGUCACGUCUAUAUCGCUUGACCAAGGGAGCGACGCCUCGCCCAUGUUGCGUGCCAGCUGACUAUGAGCCCAUGAUUCUCAUGCACUACGAUAGCCGGGGAAAGCUAAAACUAACAUCCUUCAAUGAUUUGAUCGUUACCAAAUGCCACUGUGCUUAAAAUAUUUAUGCUAGCACAUGGUUACAGAUGUGUGUGUGUGUGUGCGGGUGGGGAGGGGUUCACUGUUCUUUUAAAUUUCAAAAAUAGUGUGCAACAAUGCUGUACACGGACAUGGUUACAUUUCUAAUAUUUCUCUGAUGGGACUCUUCUUCCUCACUAGAGAAAAUACACCUGGAUCCUCAGUAUUAAACAUAAAUAAAAGCCUUAGUUUCACACGUAAAAUUAGAAUUAUUUAUUAUAAUUUAUUAAUGACGUUUUGUAUUCUUGUCUUUUCUUAUAGAGUAGACCAGUAAGUAAGUAAGUAAGACCAUUUGUGUAAGUCAUUCAUUUAGUAUUUAAAAAAACAGUAUCUUGAAUAAUUUUGCUCAAUGUAUUUAAUUUAUUACUGCUUGCUAUGUAUUUACUAUGUGAAAUAUCAUGUUUCCUGUAUCUACUAUUUUUGUUGAAUCAUUCUAAUACCAUUGUGUAUAAUGGCAGACUUGUGUAAGUGUAGUGAGCUGAUUUUAAAGUAAACAAUCUUUGAUCAUUUUUCAAGGUCAGGGAGUGCCAGUAAUCAAACAUAUGACAAACUCUUUUACAGUACAAUAACCUUGAACAUAUAUAUUUCUACCCCACAUGGCCUUGACUAAAAAGUGAAAAGGUAAAGAUCGGAAAUGAAUCAUGUCACUGUAGCCAUGUCACUUGAGCAAUACAUUUUACUGAGCAAAGAAAUUAAAAAGAUCAGAACCCAAGUAUUCACCCUGAGUAGGUAUUUUAUAGAGACAAUCACUUUAAAAUAGCAAUAAUGAUACAAUGGAAAUUACAUCAUUUGGAACAGAGUCAUAAUUUAGGCAGCUAUGGUACAUACCAACUGAUAAAACAAUAACAAAAAGACUAUUCAUUUUCACUGUUCAGUGAAAUACAUUUAUUACAGCUCAUAAAAUUUGACAGUCCAUCCUCUCAAUGGUUGAUAAGGCUCAUUCUGCAGUUAUUUUCCAAUCACAGGCAUUUGUUAGGCUGAGCACACAGACCAUGUAACACAUUCCUUCAGGCACGUUGAGAUCCUCUGACGUCACAUGUGUUAAACAUGAGGUAUUUGAACACAAGUGUCUCAAAGGAAGCUAAGUCUCAUUUUUCCAGUUGGUAGAUAUGAUAUGGCAGUGUAACUAUUUACCACCAAAAACAAAAGCUUUACACUUCUCCAAGAUGACAUAUAUUUUUUUGUUAUCUUACUGUGUUCUACUAGCCAGAAGUCUGAAAGGUAAAUGUAAUAAACCUAUAACAGCUUGCAAUGUUGUCCAUAUUAAAGAGUUGGUUUAAACUGUACCAAUGUAUAUAUAACUACCACACUCUUCCUAUAAAAACAGAUUAAAAUGUGAGACAUUCUAAUUAAUGUCUCCCAGCAUAUGUUCCAAUGACAUCUACAGAAAUUUGAUAAAACAACAAAAAUGUUGUUGUUUUUUUAUUCUUUGAAAAUGAUUUCUCAACAAACAUUGCUAUAACCAGCCAAAAUUAUUGGAAAGCCAUUCCUCAACUUAUCCCAAAGCAGAGCCUGCAUUGUCUUUACUGUCUGUGUUUUCGGUCAUUACCAUGCUGAGUCUUCAUUCUAGUCUGUGGUUUUUACAUGUUUUUAGCAAGUUUCUGAACUUGAACAAGGUUUCGAGAUCCUCACAGCAUUAUGCUGUCACCACCAUGUUUCAGUGUAGGGUUGAGGAGUCAUGUGCUUUCUGAAGAGUGACUUGCAUAUGGACUCUGAUUCUUACUGGACUCUUACUUCUUACUUAAAGAUGAUGGACCUUUUUUUUCUAUACUCUCCCCCAGAUCUGUGCCAUGACACUAUCCUUGAAUGGUAUCUUGAAUGGUGUCAGCUGCCCUUUUUUGACUGUAAUAGCAGAGGGUCUUCUAUCAAUGUGAUAUUUUUAAUUUUUUAAAUAUAUAUAUAUAUAUAUAUAUAUAUAUAUAUAUAUAUAUAUAUAUAUAUAUAUUUAAAAAAAAAUUUUCAACAAAACAAUAUUUGUCAGAACUUUUGUCUUUUCAUUCUAGGGUAUUUUUUAGGUUAACAAAUGAAUCAGUUUUGAAUAAUUUGGCCCCUCAAUAUCUGUGUGAGCUGUUAACCCCCUACAUUCCUACACAUGCUCUACGCUCUUCUGAAGCUGGUUUUCUAACUGUCCAAACAAAACAGCUAAAAACUAUGGGUGAUCGGGCUUUUUUCUUCUUUGACUCCCAAAUUGUGGAAUUUCCUGUCCAGAGAUUAGGAAUGCAGAAUCCCUGAGUGUUUUGAAAUCCCACCUUAAAACUUACUUUUUAGGGCAGCUUUUAUGUGAUUACUUUGUUUGUUAUUUAUUGGCUUUUUAUUUACUGUAUGGUUAGUUUUAGUGCCUGUAAUAUUUUGUGUAUCUGUUAAUUUCAUCUUUUUAUGUCAAGCGCUUUGAGAUGCUACUUUUAAAGGCGCUAUACAAAAUAAAGUUUAUUAUUAUUA